AUGUCGGAACUGGCGGCCAUCUUGGCCCGGCGACGCGCCAAGGACGGGACUGGCGAGCCCGCGCCCGAGACGCCUGCUCCUGAACCAGCGGCUGCAAGCCGGCCCUCUCCCCCGAGGCCAUUUGCCGUGCCCUCGCCGGAGAAGCCGGUAGAUGCAUCGGACAUCACGGCAGCCCAUGAGGACGAGCACCCUGCCCGCCGAACGUCGUCCCGCAUUGCCCAGCUGCAAGGAAACCUCGGCGCGCUCAACAUGAAUGCAUUCCGCCCGAUGCCCAUGGCGCGGAAGAGCAACACGAGUAGCGCCCUCUCGACGGGCGAAGACUAUGACUACGAAAGCACGAUGAAGGUCGGCGUCGCGAUGCCAGGCAUGGCAGGCGUGCCCAUGAUCGGGCUCACCAAGCCUGGCAUUGGUCUUCCGGGUAUGAUGAAGGCCCCGUCCUCUGAGGAAGAAGCGGCGCCGGGUGACGCGCCGCAGCCGACCCCCGUGGCUCACACAACGAUGACCCGCGCUGCCGGACCCAAGCGUCGGGCCCCCACGAAGGCCAAGACGGAGCUGCCCAUCGCUACGCCGGGCAUCGCGGCCUCGAGUGCCCCGCUUUGCGCCACCGGUCCGCCCGGCUCGAGCAAAAGUCUCUUCAGCGACGAGAUCGUGUCGUCGCCGCUGGCCGCCAAGCCAGCGAUGGCAGGGCCGCCGCGCAUGAACACGGCGCUUUUCGGGGCGGGUACCAAGGACAACUCGGACGACAGCGACUGGAGCGACGAGGACGACGACACCAAAGGCGGUCUUUUUGGCGCCCCGCACCACGCCGCCACACUGCACGCAGCCCCCGUCGUCGCGCCGGCUCCCCAGGCUACGCUAGUGAGCGCGCCAGCAGCCUCGCUGCAUGCGGCAUUGCAGGCAACGCUCUUUAGCCAACCCAUCGCGGCCGAGGCACCGUCGCUCUUCGGACAGCCGCGUCCCUCUGCGCUCUUGGGUGCAACGAGUGCGCCUGCCCCGUCGCGCCCCAACCUGUUUGCGGCCUCCGACAGCGACGACGACAGCGACGACGGCGGCGGUCUCUUUGGCACGGGCCUUCCGAAAAAGUAA